GGAGUUUGAGCAGUUGGUGCGGUAGUGUGCGCAAUGCCUAAGGCCAAGGGGAAGACUCGGAGGCAGAAGUAUGGUUACAACGUCAACCGAAAGCGUCUGAACCGGAAUGCUCGUCGGAAGGCAGCGCCGCGGAUCGAGUGCUCCCACAUCCGACAUGCCUGGGACCACACCAAAUCCGUGCGGCAGAACCUGGCGGAGAUGGGGUUGGCCAUGGACCCCAACAAGGCGGUUCCCCUCCGUAAGAGGAAGGUAAAGGCUAUGGAGGUCGACACGGAAGAAAGACCCAAGGACCUGGUGAGGAAGCCCUAUGUGGUAAAUGACCUGGAGGCAGAAGCCAGCCUCCCAGAAAAGAAAGGAAAUACCUUGUCUCGGGACCUCAUUGAUUAUGUUCGUUACAUGGUGGAGAGUCAUGGGGAGGACUAUAAGGCCAUGGCCCGGGAUGAAAAGAACUACUACCAAGAUACCCCAAAGCAAAUUCGGAAUAAGAUCAACGUCUACAAACGUUUUUAUCCAGCAGAAUGGCAAGCCUUCAGCGAGUCUUUGCAGAAUAAGAAGAUGGAGAUAGACUGAGUGGUGUGUAUCCUCAGACUUAGGCCUUCUGGACCAAGGAAACCAAGCCAGGCUUUAAGGCCGGGAAUGUAUAGUUUCAGGUGGUGCUGGCAAAAUCCUAUGGAAUCAGGUUUUACACACUCACUCUCGCUCUCCUUCUGGAGAAGGAACUUGUUUUGUUGUUUUUUUGGUUUUGUUUUUUUGUUUUUGAGAGAUGGUCUCUAAUAGCCCUGGCUGUUCUGUAGACCAGGCUGGCCUCCGCUCACAGGGAUCCGCCUGCCUCUGCCUCCCAAGCCCUGAGAUUAAAGGCAUGGGCCUCAAUGCCCAGAGGGGAAGGAACUCUUUCAAGUCCAUGGUUUUCGUUCUGUUGGAGCUCACAGACAGGUCUUCCUGUCCUGUGUUCAGAGGGUAUGUUUUAUUCAAAUGCAAUCUGUAUGUGAUAAAAGAGUAUUUUACCUGUGUAA